AUGGAGGACGCUGCGCCAAACGUACUGGAUGUGAAGCUGGCAUCUGUAAGCCACGCGACGCUGGAUGCGGUUGCGUCUGCAAUUUGGGGCAUCCCAUUUUACGACACAGAGUUCCUUGUGCGCCAUAAAGGCAGGGACCAGGGCGUGUUUCUGCACAGCAACAUUGUGCGUAACGUAUGCCCCAAGCUAUUCAAAAUGAUGCUCUCCAGCACUGCAAUCGAGCUCGAUGCGAUGGAGCCAAGCGAGUCUGAACCUGUAAAGGGGCGCCGCCCUGUGCCGCGGCUCAACAACGCGUCGCCGCGCCGACGCGGACCUGACGUGCUCCUUCCCGGCCUCGAUAUCGACGAUGAGGAGAUCAUUCUGGACGACGAGUCGAGCUCUGACGAUUUUGAUGAUGCUUCGAUUACUAUGCCGCCGCUGCGCAACCGCGCAGCGACGCCAGAUCUCGGUAGGGUAGAGUCCGUUGCUAGCCGCGAAGGCAGUCCACCUUUCCGUCUUUCAUCACAGCCGAUGCCGCAGUCGAUGCCGGUGCUGGAUGCGGAUGCGGAAGCGACGCGCAGCAGCUCGGGCCUCUUUUCCCGGCUUAUGCGCAAGCGUAUGAACGAGACGCAGGGCAGUGGCGCGAUGACCUCCGCGUCCCAAAAAAAUGCAGCAGACCAGGCCGGACGCCUGCGCCGCUACUCGGGCAAAUCUCGCGCCCCCGUGGGGCCGCUGGGCAGCGCUCCGCAGGUUGCAUUCAACUCGGACGUGGACACUCCGUCGCUGCCCAAUAGCAGGGCCAGCACGCCGCGCAAUGCCCGUCGCACGCCGCGCAAAGAAACGUCACGCAAAGAAACGCCGCGGGGAGGAGGAUUGCCAGUGAAGCGAAUUUACGUCAAAGGCGCCUCGCCGCGUACGGUGCAGGCGCUGGUUUUCUACCUGUACACGAACCAAGCCCACUUUGUCUCGUCUCCCCAUCAGAGUCCCUACAGCGAUGCCAGCUCUCUGCACGAGGAAGCGAUGGAGUUGCUGGGCGACGGCGGGAAGCAGAACCCUUCCCUCUGGCCUCCUGCAUUUUCGAGCAAGGCCGCUUACUCCCUGGGCCACCAGCUGGAUUUGCGCGACCUGAGCAUGCGUGCCUUUAACCAUCUCGCGCUGAACAUGUCUUCGCGCACGGUCUUGGCCGAUCUGCUCUCGCCCUUUGGCGAUCGGUUUGUCGAGGUACAGCGCGCUCAGCUGGACUACAUUACAGAGAACUGGGAGGAAGUCAAGACACGCCCGGACUUUGCGCCCACCAUCGAGCAUUUGGUGCACGGCCAGUAUCCGAACUCGAGCAAGAGCUUGUUCCAGCUUUUCUCCAAGUUGAGCGUCAAGUAA